AUGGAGGGGAGUUGCAGGAGGUAUCAUGUGUUGUUGUUCUGCAAUGUUUUGAUUGAUGAUGGUAGGUGUAGGAUCAGGAUCAUCAUAAGAUUCGGUGUGUAUCAGAUUGGGUGUGAUGUAAUUGUGAAAAACAUCAGGAGUAGGAGCGGAGGAGUUGCUGGUCUGGAAUUUUCAUUGAUUAACGUUAGAAGAGAUAAAAGAUUGAAUCUGAAUGUAGAGGGCAAAGUGAGGUAUAUUGGGUUAUCUGAAGCCAGCCCAGAUACAAUUAGCAGAGCACACGCAGUUCAUCCCAUCACAGCUGUGCAAAUAGAGUGGUCUCUAUGGACUCGUGACAUUGAGGAGGAGGUAGUUCCUCUGUGCAGGGAACUUGGUAUUGGAAUUGUACCAUAUAGUCCUCUUGGUCGUGGCUUUUUUGGCGGCAAAGGAGUUGUGGAAAAUGUUCCUGCAACAAGCUCCCUGAAAGUACAUCCACGUUUCCAAGCCGAGAACAUGAACAAGAAUAAGAAUAUAUAUGAUCGAAUUGAAACCCUUGCUAAGAAGCAUAAGGCCACUCCUGCCCAGUUGGCAUUAGCAUGGGUACUCCAGCAAGGCGAGGAUGUUGUACCUAUUCCUGGAACAACCAAGAUUAAGAACCUGGAUCAAAACCUAGGUGCGUUAGCAGUGAAAUUGUCAGAAAGGGACCUGAGAGAAGUUUCUGAGGCGGUUCCCAUUGAUGAUGUAGCAGGUGGUAUACACUACUUUGGACUGGAACACUUUACCUGGAAGUUUGCUAACACACCUCAAAAAGAUUCAAGGGUUUCAACCUGAACCACUCAACUUUUCAGUUAGAGAUUCUAUUAAGUCAUGAAUUGAGGGUAACAAGGUUGACAGAGGCUAAUAUCAGGAAGCUACCGAUACAUGCUGUAGAUAGUAGAUGUGCAGAGAAUAUUACUCCUUCUGUUUUUUAUUCAUAGUCGUUUAAGGUUUUGCACGGGAUUUAAGAAAAUGAUUGAUAUUUUAGUUUUCAAAAAUAUUUAUUACUUACUUUUCUA